CUUUCUCCUAGCUGUCCCACCUGCCCUUACAGAUCACAGUUUGCUUCGCCGCCGUCCAUCUUCUUGCUUCCCGGAGCUCGUCUCUGCCCUUCGAACGGCUCUACAAUGCCAGAGCUCUCAGUUUUAAUGAUAGCAUUGAGUCUUCAAUCUACUCUACCAUUUUUCUCAUUACCGUUUCUUUGAGGAAAGUGAGCUUGCGAGAGAGACAGAGAGGAUGUUCGACAUGCUUCUCGGCCCCAAGUUCUCAAACAAAUGCAAACAUUCGGUGAAGUGCAUAAAGUGCAGGCUGGAGACAAUCCGGAGAAAGAAGCAUGCGAUCGAGAGGUGUCUUAAGAAGGAUGUUGCAGAUCUGGUCUCCAUCGGCCACGAUGACAAUGCUUUUGGCCGGAUGGAUGCUCUCCUUUUCGAAAUAAAUCAGAUAUCGUGCUAUGAUAUGAUUGAGAAAUACUGUUGUUGCAUAUUGGAACAUCUUCCAACCAUGCAAAAGGAGAGUGAGUGUCCUAAGGAAACUAUGGAGGCUGUGGCAACUCUGAUUUUUGCUGCUGCUAGAUUCUCAGACUUGCCUGAAUUAGGUAACCUCAGGCACGGGUUUAUAGAGCGAUAUAGAACUACCAUGGAGUUAUAUACGAAUAGAGAGUUUGUUGAGAAGCUGCAGAAGAAGUCUUUUCUGCAGAACGAGAAAUUGCGGUUAAUGAAAGAUAUUGGCAAGGAAUUUAAAAUUGAUUGGGACGUUAAGUCACUUGAAUACAAGUUGUCAAAUUCAUUGUCAAAGACUAUUGAUCUUCCAACGAUACAUUUUCCUUUCAGCAAAAAAAAUUAUAUAGAGUCCCAUAUAACAGAUGAAAAGGGAAAAGUAACAGAUAGCAAGACUGAGGGAGUCAAUGGAAGAAAGACAGUACUUGAAAAAACAGAUGGGGGAAGAGAUUUGACAGAUAGGAGGAAUGAAGUAUUCAAUGGAAGAAAUCCAGUACUCGAAAAAGCAGAAGGCACCUCUUAUCCAGCUAGUGACGUGCAGAAGCAGCAAAUAGAAUUUGAGAGGCUCGAGCCGGUGAACAACAACCAUGAACAAAAGACUAUACAAAUGAGAGGAGAUGAGCACCAUUCCAGAAAUGCUGUGCAGAAGCAUCAAGUACAAACUGAGCAUAGAAAUAUUCCUACCAUUCCCAAAUAUGCUAAUUCUCAUCCGCAUGAUUCUACUGAAAAUAUUAAAAAUUUAGCUGCUGAUGAGUUCAAGAACGUUGCGCCACAUCAUUUUAGUAAGAGGCCUCCUCCUUAUGUUAAAACCAUAGGUAAUCAGAAUGGAAACCCUCACAAGAGAUCAGAAGUUCACGAGGGGCUUGACUUGGUUGGUAUUGAGAGGCGUGGUACCAAUUCUUAUCAUGAUAAAGCUAUAAAUACGUUUCUUGCAGACACUAAAUUUACAGAGGAUUUUAACGGAACCAAUUCUUAUCAUGAUGGUUUAUUCCAUUCUACAGCAGAGGAGAUUGUCAAGGAGAUGAAACAUAAUGGUCAACAGAGGCAGCCUGAUGCAGCAUUGAAUCCUGAAAGCAAAAGAGCAUCCAAUCUUAAACCUCCUUAUGUCAAACCCAAGGUAAAAAAUCCAUUGGAAAAUGAUUAUUUGAAGCCUACAACCUAUGAAAUGUAUAACAGAAGCGACAAUGGAGAUUAUCAUAAGAAUACAGCUUUUUCUGUCUGGAGGAAGCACCUGCAACAGGGAACUGCUCAUGUACGCUCUACUGGUGAAGCAGAUCUUGAUGAUGUUAUAGACGGCGCAGUCUACCAUUCCCAUCGCAACCAUCGAACAUACAUUGAGCAAACAAUACAUGGAAGGAGGAGCACGAAUACUUCCUAUGAUGGGAGAUGCGACGAGGAAGAGAAAGGGGACAAGCCCUUGCAGCAUUACAGUAAGAAGGGCGAGUCAGGGAAAGUUAGAACAGGUACAAGCGAACCUCAAAAACAAUCCAUCUCUGAUUAUUCAAGAGUUGCAGAGAAAAUUAUGAAGGAUGAGCAAUACUUCAAGCUCUCAGGGCACACUCCAGCUAGAACUGCUUCCCUGCCCCCAACAGAGACUCAUGUUGGAAGGCAUGUGCGAUCAGGGUCAAUGCAACCUGAUCUAUUGAGCCCAAAUGGUGAUCGGGCGCAUCCAAGGUUGCCAGAUUAUGAUGACCUGGCUGCCCGGGUUGCGGCGUUGAGGAAGUCAUGAUGACCAUGGUGAACUAUCUGUUCCCCUUUUCCGACUUGAGGGGACUCCUUUUCCCUACUAGGAUUGCUUGUUUUUCAGUUUUCCUAAUGUAAAUCAAACAUAAAAGUUUAGGCCCCAUUUGG